AUGCCUUUUACUAAUAAUGAGAGCCAUUUGUCAACUGUCAAUGAAAAUAUUUAUUCACAAGAAUUAGAACAACAUGAUGUCCGUAAUCGUACCUAUCCAUGGGGUAUAGAUCCAGCUGUAUAUCUUGAAGAAGCACAGCAACAAUUGUGUAUGAAUAAAUUUCUUACAUUACGAGAAUCUCUUACAACUAUGGCCCAAUCAUCAUCAUCAUUAAAUAAAGAACAAAAACACAACGACAUUUAUGAAAUUACAAAUAUAUUAGAAAAUUUAAAAACUAUGCGUGCUGUAUUAUUAGCAUUAGAUCAAUCUGAUACUGAUAGUGCUACACGAUUUGGAAAAGAAAUAGCUGCUAUUAUAACUGAUUUACUCUCACGUGUUGUUCAUCAAAUAGGUCAAACAAAUAUUCAUACACCAACAUUAGAAUCACUUAUUGCUUAUAUAAGAAGUUUAAUGCAUACAAGAUCAGAACAUAUGCGACAAACAAUACCUGGUCCAUUAUUAAUGGCAUGGUAUGAAUUAUCAAAUUUAAUGUCAUCAAUGCAACAUGAACCAGAAUUAAGAAUAACAAAUAAAAAAGCAAGACAAUUAAUCGAUAUUGCUCUUGAUACAGCUGCUUGGGCUUAUAGACAUAUAACGACAGAACGUUUAUCUAAUGAACAAAUUGGUUUUAAAGAUCGAAGUAGUAUGGCAUAUACUUAUGAAUGA